UCCCCGACAUCCCGCCCGCCCGCCGUGCCCUCUCUCAAGGUUGGCGGAAGUGGGGAGACGCGGAGCCGCCUCUGCCUCGGGGACCCGCGGGGUCCGGCUGCGGACCGGGGCGUGGUGGGGAUCCGGCCAGGGCAUCCCCCGGGAGGAGUCCCUCCCCGCCGGCCCGCCAGCCCGCCAGCCCGCCUGCCCGCCGGCCCAGCCCCGGGCCACUCCCCUGCCCCACCCCGUCCCCUGGGCUCGGCCGGGGGCGGAGCCGCUCGGUGCCCGCAGGACUUGGUUCGGCGCCCACUGUGCCCCCUCCUGACCUGUGGCCUCCAAAUCAGCCGGGCCUCCUGCUUGGAGAUUGGACGCCACCGCCGCCGCCACCGUCGUGGCAGGGGCAGGUCUCAGGUGGCCAAGAGAGGACAGGGCCCUGUGUCCCAGCCUGAUGCCCUCGGCCACCAGAAGAAAGUGGUGUCAUGGAUAGAUGUGUAUGCCCGUGCCACCUGCCAGCCGCGGGAGGUGGUGGUGCCCCUGACCGUGGAGCUCAUGGGCUCCAUGGCCAAGCAACUGGUGCCCAGCUGUGUGACGGUGCAGCGCUGCGGUGGCUGCUGCCCUGACGACGGCCUGGAGUGCGUGCCCACUGGGCAGCACCAAGUCCGAAUGCAGGUGCUGGGGCAGGUGGGACCAAAAAAGAGAGAGAGUGCUCUGAAGCCGGACAGCCCCAGGCCCCUCUGCCCACGCUGCUCCCAGCGCCGCCAGCGCCCUGACCCCAGGACCUGCCGCUGUCGCUGCCGACGCCGCAGCUUCCUCCGUUGCCAAGGGCGGGGCCUAGAGCUCAACCCAGACACCUGCAGGUGCCGGAAGCUGCGAAGGUGACACGUUGCUUUUCAGACUCAGCAGGGCCACUUGCCUCACAGGCCACUCCUGCCCCCAGAGGGGGACAGGAGGGCAACAUGUUGAGAAGAGCCCAGUCCCAAGAUCUCCGUGUGGGCAGAAGCUGCUCCAGGACCUGGGCCUCUCAGAGGACUUCCUAGCUGUCCCGGGUCCCUCCAGGCUGCCAUCCAGCAGGGUGGGCAGCUGGACGAGGAGAUGUGUAGGCAGCACCAAGGGUCAUGGACUAACUCGGGAGAGAAGGGGUGCCAUCUCAGUUUUCAACCACCAUGUACAAGUGAGCAUCUUACAGCGGGCUCCUCUGUCCCCUCACUAAGAAGACACCGAUCCUGCGCACAUAUUGGGAAUUGGGCUUCAGUGUGAGAACUGUGACCCCCCCCGACCCUGAUAAAAGAGAUGGAAGGAACUGUC